CUCUAUCGAUCGUGAAGGGACAUACUCACAGUCAAGGAAUACGUAUUUCGAGCAUUCAGUAUCACAAUAAUUACAACAGUACAAUCUAGACGCGUGCGCCUUGCCGUUCUUACUAAUACGCACGACCACUGCCAGGGUUUUUCGUUCGCCGUCCCUCCUCCCGAACGAUUUCCCUACCACACUUCCAGGAUGCCCGCCGCCGGCUCCGAGCGCACCAUGGCGACACCACUGCCGCUUCCGGAAGCGGUAGUACCCGCCGUAUCGCUGUCGUCCCGUAUUGCGCGUGGAGUCGGAUCGAUCUGGACUACUCUGUCCGGUCACAAACGACCCGCAGCAGACCGCGACGAUAUUGCGGAAGGAGGGCCGCAACGGCAAGUCCGCGCACGCGUAUCCGCCUCACCCAAAGCGGAGAACGGUACGUUUGGAUCCGUGCCCGACGACUCUGUGACCAACCCGUUGUUGUCGUUGCCUUUGUGGGAUCCUGUGGUGCCUCCAGGCUUCUGUGGAAUUUGUCUCGAUACCGUCCUGAUGCCUACUAGUAAGGUUGGUUCCCUUCCCACUUGCGGUCACUGCUUUCACGUACAUUGCUACGCCAAGUGGAAGGCCUUUUGUCCUUCUGCCGUCGCCUUUUGGCGGUGUCCCUUGUGCGAUCAAGACGCGUCCGACUUUUACAAACUCCAACUCUUUCCCCAGCUCGAGCAAGCCGACGACGACAAUAACAACAACCACGAACAGUCGCAGGACCAAGUCUCUCGACUCCCCACGCCACUGGAACGGGACGAAUUCCACGACGCCGUCUCCGGUGUAACUCUCAGUGGCACACUCCGCAAGCUCGUCAACCACGUAUCCUCCAGUACAGACCCGCACGUCGUCACGCGCGCCUUGGACGAACUUUCGACCUUGGCCUUUCGGUACAACCACGCCCGCGUUCCCAUUUGCGUGACGGGAGGGAUUGCCGGGAUUGUGCGCGUCUUGACCACCUGGUCGCACGAUACCAAGACCACCACGACUGCUGCACUCCGACACGCUUGUCAGCUACUCGGGAAUCUACCCCUCAACGAGUCGGCCACGGAACGGAUCGAAAUCGCCAUAUGCAAUGCCGGAGGCAUGGACGCCAUAUUGUCCAUCAUGCAACAACACCCCGACGACGUGGAUUUACAAGAACAAGCGGUCUUUUCCCUAGGCAAAUUCAUCUGCGAAGAUGAACUGCUCGAGACCAAUUACGUGGCCGAUCAAAUACCGGCCAUUUUUCGAACCAUGCAACGACACAGUGAUGCGGCGUUGGUGCAAACCUACGGGUGCUACGCCUUGGCUAGUUUAACCUUUCGAGAAGACGUUCAGGAAGUGGUACAAAUGAUCACCGCGCAACACGGCAUACCUAUUGUUUUACAAGCACUGACACAGCACGUCGACGAUCCCGAUGUGGUGGAUGCCGCCUUGAACCUGUUGGCCAAUCUCACCGAACACGAUACCUCGCAGACGCGCGGUAUCCUCGAAUCGAAAUCACUCAAGGUUCUGGGCCGAGCCAUGCAGAAUUUUACGGAACUUGUUGAUGUACAGAUGCACGGCAUUGUUAUUCUCCAACGAAUAUUACGAUUGCCGGACCGUAUCAGCGAAGCCGCUCUGAUGGAAUUGGGGCAAGCCGGGGUUGUGGUUGCCUUGACCAAAUCCAUUGACUUGUAUGCGGAUAAAGUCGAUUUGCAAAUCGGGGCGAUUAUCAUUCUCGCACGGUUGGCGCCCCUGGUCGAUCUGCAACCAAUCAUGCGCGAUGCCGGUACACCGGGGGUCCUGCGGGUCACGAUGGAUAUAUAUAACGAUGAAGAAACACUCAUGACGCACGCUUAUCAGGUGUUGUCCUGUUGUUCCGAAUCACCGGUGCCCGCGGUUGCCGCGGCGGCAGCGGUCGAUGUGGAGGCGUGA